AUGCAGCAGGAUCCUCAGGCCCGCUCCCCUGAAGAGGAGGUCCUCAUGAAUCAUUACAAGAUCAUCAAGACCCUCGGCACAGGCAACUUUGCUCAGGUGAAACUGGCCCUCCACCUCCACACAGAGGUACAGGUUGCUUUGAAGACCCUGGAAAAGGAUAAAAAGAAUGCUUCUUUGAUUGCAAAUGAGCUAGAGAUCAUGAAAAUACUAGACCACCCUAAUAUAACUAAAUUGUUCCAUGUCAUGGAAACCACUGAACACAUCUACAUGGUUCUGGAAUAUGCCUCCGGGGGUGAUCUGGCUGGUCGUAUCUUAGAAGUGGACUAUAUGAAGGAAGGGGAAGCCCGGUACAUCUUCGCACAGAUGGUAUGUGCUGUUAACUACUGCCAUGAGAAUGGCAUUGCACACAGGGACAUCAAACCAGAAAACAUUCUGAUGGAUGCACAUAGAAACAUCAAACUGUGUGACUUUGGCCUGGCCAUCAGAGUUACCACUGAGCAGAAGUCAACAGUGUUCUGUGGCACCCUUCCAUAUUGUGCUCCAGAGCUUUUCAGCAGCCGAGGCUAUGACCCCAGGGCACUUGAUAUCUGGAGCAUGGGAGUGGUACUGUACAUCAUGGUGACAAAGCACUACCCAUUCAAAGCAACAACAUAUGAAAAGAUGAAGGAGGAAAUGCAAGAGCCACAUUACUACAUUCCACCAAAGCUCCCAGCACACAUUGCCAACCUCAUCGUGCGAUUGUUCACUAUUGAUCCUGGACAGAGGCCCAAGAUACGUGACAUCAUGGAACAUCAGUGGCUCAAGGGCAGUGAAGAGUUUUCAAAACUAACCCAGCCCCUAGAAACCCUCCCCAACAAGCCCAACCCCAAUAUUAUGGCAGCCAUGUGGGGCAUGGGCUAUAACCCCAAGGACAUUAGAGACUCCUUACAUGAAAAAAAAUUUAAUAGCAUCAUGGCAACUUACUUAAUUUUAAAACAUCAGUCACCAGGGGUAGACAACAUUAACCAUACUGUUAAGCUCAUGCAGCCCAGUAUUGCCAUGGAACCUUCAGAUUCUUCUACCUUCCAUCUCUUCCUAAAGAAGACAGGGAAUGAGACUGACCAUUCCACCUCUACCCUGCCAGCAAAGUUUCAGUCUCAUGACAACGAUGACGAGCUUGUAAGGAAGGAAGACAGCAAGAAUCUCAGCAUGCCUGCCAUUCUGUGCUGCCAGCAUAAGAGCCUGCCUCACCCCACAGGCACCCAGUGUGGUCCUGUGCAGCAUAUUCAUGAGCAGCUCCUGAGCAGCAGCCUGCAGAAGAGCAGCACAACUUCCAAGAGUGUGUCCUGUGGUCCUGUACAACAUGACCACAAGAGGCUCCUGAGCAGCAUCCUGCAGAAGAGAAUCACAGCUUCCAAGAGUGUGUCCUGUGGUCCUGUGCAGCAUGAGCAGCUCCUGAGCAGCAGCCUGCAGAAGAGAAUCAGGGUUUCCAAGAGUGUGUCCUGUGGUCCUGUGCAGCAUGAUCAUAAUGAGCAGCUCCUGAGUGGCAGCCUGCAGAAGAGAAGCAUGGCUUCCAAGACUCCUGAGUGGCAGCCUGCAGAAGAGAAGCAUGGCUUCCAAGAGUGUGUCCUGUAG